CCGCACUUCCACGUCUCUCUUGUGUGUCCCUGUCCGGUACUAGGCUUCCCCCCUAGAGGGGGAGUGGAGGUACCAGGGGGACAAUGGCUGCAGUGUCAGGAGCAGGAGGUGGGGGAUCCGGCCAGGGACCCGGUGUCCGUGAUGGGGUACGCGUGGCCAUGCUCUGCGUUCUCUGGUACUCGGUGAGCUCAGGAGGCAACGUGGUGAACAAGAUCAUUCUCAAUGGGUUCCCUUAUCCGGUCACCGUGUCACUGUUUCACAUUCUUGCCAUUUGCUGCUUCCUUCCCCCGCUGCUCCGAGCCUGGGGAGUCCCACACACUCAGUUGCCAGCCCGCUAUUACCGCUGGUACAUCAUCCCUCUGGCCUUCGGCAAGUACUUCGCCUCGGUGUCUGCACAUUUCAGCAUUUGGAAGGUGCCCGUCUCCUACGCACAUACAGUAAAGGCUACAAUGCCAAUAUGGGUAGUGCUACUGUCCCGGAUAAUAAUGAAGGAAAAGCAAACCACCAAGGUUUAUAUGUCUCUCAUGCCUAUUAUUGGAGGUGUUCUGCUGGCAACAGUAACUGAGAUCUCCUUUGACAUGUGGGGUCUGAUCAGUGCUUUGGCUGCCACCCUCUGCUUUUCUCUACAAAACAUUUUCUCCAAAAAGGUCUUGCGGGACUCUAGGAUUCACCAUUUACGAUUACUGAACCUACUGGGCUGUCAUGCUAUUUUCUUCAUGAUACCCACCUGGGUGCUACUAGACCUCUCAUCCUUCUUGGUAGAAAGUGACUUGAGUUCUGCUUCACAGUGGCCAUGGACACUACUCCUUCUUGUGAUCAGUGGCACUUGCAACUUUGCUCAAAACCUCAUUGCCUUUAGCAUCUUGAAUUUGAUUAGCCCUCUCAGUUACUCUGUAGCCAACGCCACUAAGAGGAUAAUGGUCAUCACUGUUUCACUAAUUAUGCUUCGUAAUCCAGUUACUGGCACCAACAUCCUGGGCAUGAUGACUGCCAUACUUGGUGUCUUCCUCUAUAAUAAGGCAAAAUACGACGCAAACCAAGAGGCAAAGAAACAGCUUCUUCCACUUACGUCUGGGGAGCUCCAGGACCAUCACCGUGGACCUCCGGAGAAGCUGCAGAAUGGCAUGGCCAACUUCUCACCUGGAAGAGACUACCAAUAUGGUCGGACCAAUGUACUUACUGACCACUUUCAGUACACUAGGCAGAGUCACCCAACAGCACACAACCGCUAUGAUAUCUAAAGCCCACACCCACUUUUUACAAAUCAUUGUCUUUAUCUCUCUUCACCCAUUCCAGCUGAUCCAAAUAAUGCCCAUGGUCUAAUUGGUCAUGCCUCUGAUCUCUGGCUAAGUUAUAGCAUGCUGGGAAUUUCUACAAUUUUAAGGAGCAAAGACAGCUAGGGAAGUAAAGCUCAAAAAUGCACUCUUCUCGUUUACAAAAUAUGGCCCAACUAUCUAUUUGGAGACCAGUUCAUAUCUGCUCCUGGAAUACCAUAUUUUGAACUGACUGAUAACAGCAGGAUGUGUGUUAAUCACAUCAGAUUCAUUCUCAGUACAGCUGUUUUCUCCUGGCUUUGCCUAGUUACCCUGGAAUCAUCGCUGUCUGCCAAUGUCGCAUGUGUUUUUAAUGAUGCCUACUCAGCCCUACUCUGCUUUCUCUUCUUAAUCCUCUUAUGGCCACCUCGCUGUUUUAGACUAACAAAAUGAUGGCCAAAAAGUGUCUUUUAAUUUAAACCUGUACAUACAAGGCCUCCGUAUCCCUGUAUAGUUGUGUUUGAAACAGCUAUUAAAUGGCUGCUAGGCCGUAAUCACUGUUUUAGGACUACAUAGAGCAUUAUCUUAGGAGCAUUAGAAUUUUUUUUUAAUGAGAAAUGUGUGGCAUUAUAGAUCCAUGCUGCGUGGUGGUUCUGCAAGUUGAGCAGAAAUUGCUGUGGAAAUUCUAGUGCAGUAUUUGCGCCAUGUCAAAGGGGGGGAAACAUAUUGUUAUGAUGUCUAAAUCGGCCAACCUGACACUUAAGUCUUCAAAACAAAUUAUAUAUUAUUUAUACUGAAGAAAACUUGUAUGAGGAACAAGAGCAAAAAAAGUACAUGGAUCCACUUGCGAUCAAGAAAGUGUAUUUUGGUGAAAUUUUGGUGUCCUGCAGAAUGACUUUAAAUAAACAGAUUUUUUUUUUUUUUUUUUUUUUUGAUAUACCGGUUGGUAAGUACCAGACUUUUCACAUGUGCCCCAUUUUUCUGUUUUUUUUUUUUUUUUAGUAGGCUUUUAGUGAGUUCAAAGAAGUCCUGCUCAUAAGGUAAAUCAAAUAAAAGGAACCUCACAGACUCCCUUAAAUGAUUGAGGAUUUCAGACCUGACCCCCACAAAGUGAGUCAUGUCGCACAGUCUUGGCUCUUAGACCCCUGAACUAAGAUAUUUGUGCUCCCAUUACCCAUAGAGCUUGCACCAGGGUGUGUAACAAUUGGGACAGCAGACCCAGUUAUUCUUUGGAGGACAGAAGUUUAGACAGUACGACUCUAUCCUGACUGAUGAAUAAAACUGAUGGUUUGGUUUGGGGUAAAUUGUAGGCCCACUAAGUUCCUGUUAUACCACUUCCUCCUCCUAAUAAAGCUCUGUUGAAUUAUAUUGGCUGUUACACUGUGGUGCUCUCUGGCGGCAGGAGUGCAUGUGUGUCAUUUUAAUGGAAACCGUCUAACUGGUUACAGUAGUUUCCAUUAAAACAGAUGCCAGGCACAUCAGGCAUGUUUGAGCACUGCUUAGUCACCUUACAAAUGUCCAUUAGCCUUAGUGCUGAGAGACCGUAUUUAUCAUUUGCAUUUUCUCCCAUGAUUUGCUGGGGGAUAAGGGGGAAGGCAAAUCUUUUCUGUAGACUGCAACGGGGUAAGGGCAGGCGACAAAGCGCUUCUUCGGACGACUAAUCUCCCUGAAAAGAUUAGUCGCUCUAAGAGUGAUUUGUUUUCCGAAGUCGCCCAUAGAUGCCUCACGAGGCAACUUCGGAAAACAAAGUGCUCCGAGUGCCAUCCCGCCAGAGAUUGAUUCUAGCCGACAGGAAGGCUUUUAUCGGGGAGAUUAGUCACCCGAAGUAGAGGCGAUUUGUCACCGGGCGACUAAAUCUCCCCGAAUCUUAGUGUGUGCUCUUACCCUUACAGUGUUUGUGCUACAGAAAAAAAUGGCAAAACCAUAUUUUAAUCGGAUGCAAUUUUUUUUAACAUCUAAAAGGAUUCAAUUGUAUUUUGAAGCUAGCUGUGCUCAUUUAGAAACUCACACUAGUGUUAACUUGUUUAAUUUAGCUUGAGGGCAGACACUUCAAAUUCCUGAUCUAGGAGUGAAGAAGUAGUCAACAGUACACCGUUGCUAUAGGGCAGAAAACCUAAUGGCCUGCCUUUAAGAGACUCUGGUCUUUAAUUUACCCUUUCUUUUCCCUUUCAAGUAUGGCAGACUUCUACCAUUUUUAUUGUUAUCUCCAUACAUCAUUUUGUUAUCCAAGAACUGUGCAAAGGUAGUGAGAUCCUGUUCUGUGUUAUAUGGGGGGUAGCAUACAGGGUAUAGUAAACAAGGAUGUGUUCUUAUGCUGCUAGUGCCACCCGCCUUCCCUAGAAUGUGGUGCAGGUAUGUGACCUGUUAUACAGAAUGCUGGGGACCUGGAGUUUUCCGGAUCUUUCUGUAAUUAGGAUCGUCAUGCCUUAAGUCUACUAGAAAAUCAUGUAAACAUUAAAUAAACCCAUUAGGCUGGUUUUGUUUCUAAUAAGGAUUAAUUAUAUCUUAGUGUGGCUCAAGUAUAAUCUACUGUUUUAUUAUUACAGAGAACAAAUAAAUAAUUUUUAAUUUUUUUUUGGAUUAUUUGGAUAAAAUGGAGUCAAUGGGAGAUGACCUUUCUGUAAUUUGGGGCUUUCUG